UUUAGAUAUUUAUUUUGAAGAUGUUUGUCAUUUAAUUCCUCCAAAUGUAAUAUCAUGUACUCUUAAACAUUUAUCAAUGUCAGGUGUACAAUGUGAUUUAGAUAAUUUAUCACUUUUAUAUGAACAUACUCCAUAUAUUGAAUACAUUUCUAUAAAUCUAUGGGAUCCAUAUGAUGAUCAUUAUCAAUUAUCUUUAAUACCUUCAUUAACAAAAAUGAAAUUAAAAUGUGAAAGUUCAUCAAGAAUAAUUCAAGCAGUUUUACGAAAAGUACCAAAUUUAAUUAAUUUAACAAUUGAAACAAAAAUAAUGCAUAUGGAUGGACAUAUGUGGAAAGAUAUUCUUAAUAAAUAUUUACCUAAUUUAAAAAUAUUUAAUCUUAAAAUGGAAUUUGAACUUACUGAUUAUGAUGAUAUUGAACAAGAAAUAGAUCGAAUUAUUGAUUCAUAUAAAAAUCAAUUUUGGAUUGAUCAACAUAAAUGGUUUAUUCGAUGUUUUUGUUAUACAGAAAAUGAAAGUAGUUUUAUUCAUCUUCAUACAUUACCUUAUAUUUUUGAAAAUUUUUCUAUUAAUAUUAAUGAAAAUUUUCUAUUUAAAUCAACUUCUCCACAAGAUAAAAAUUAUUUAACAUAUAAUCAUGUUCAAUAUUUAAAAUAUUCUUAUACAACAUCUGAAGAUAUUUAUUUACCUGAAAUUAAAUUUCCAAAUAUUCAACAUUUAACAUUAACACUUCCUCAUGAUAAUCAUUUACGAUUAUUAAUUCCUCAAUUUAAUAAUUUAAUAUUUCUUGAAAUACGAAUGAUUACUUGGGGUAAUUUUGAUAAUGAUUUAAUUCAAUUACAAAUUCUACUUGAUCAAGCACCACGUCUUUAUUAUCUUAAAUUUCAUUCAUGGGCAUCAGGAAUAUCAAAAAUUGAGAAUAAAAAUAAAAAAACGAGUAAAACAGAGAUAUCUGAAUAUGAACUUCAAUUAUGA